AUGAAAGAUGUUGGUCGUUUGAUUGUACAAAUAAUUAAAAUAGAUAAAUAUUGUAAUAUUACAGUAGUAGUAGUAUUAGGUUGUGAUAUUAUAAUGUACCAAAAUGACGAACACAUUUAUUUUUGUGAAGGGAAUAUACCUGUAAUUAUAACAUUUCCACACAGCGGAUCAACUAAAAUCAAAGGUGUAGAAACUAGAAAGAAAGGAGUUAUACAUGGCGACGAUCAUACUGACAAGGUUGCUAAAGCUUUAAUGAAUGCAUUUGCUUGUAAUGCUUGUAGUAUUGUAAAUAAUAAUAAUAAUAAUAAUGGUCAAAAAGAAGAAGAAUCUUCUACAAUUUGUAAUUGUUCAAUUUGGAAAGAAAAUGAUGCUGAAAAGGAGUAUGAAAUGGCUGGUCAUUCUACAAAUCGAACAUGUUGUGAUUUUAAUCGUAGUGCAGAGAAUGCCUAUGAGAAUACAGUCAUGAAACAACACCAUGAUUUAUACCAUGGUACUAUUAUAUCAUUUAUCAAUAAGGCUAAACAACUUAGUCAAAACAAUUGGCAACAACAACAACAACAACAAUCUGAUGAUGGUUCUGACAAUAAACCAUUAUGGAGUGGUAGAUGUUUAUUAUUGGAUAUGCAUGGUCAAUCUGAUUGUCCUGACCACAUACUAAGAGGUACCAAAAAUAUGACAACCGUUCAACCACUACUCCAACGAUAUGGAGUGGAUGCAAUCAUUGGAGACAAUAGUAUAUUUGGUGGAUUGCGUGCAAGAGAGAUACCUAUCUUUCCAGAAAGUGUUCCAACUGAAUACCUUUUGUCCAAAGAAAAAGAUAUUAGUAGUAGUCUUCCACCUCCACCAGAGACACGCUCUAAAACAUCUCUAGAUCAACACAUGGAACAUCCUCGCUAUAGCGGAGCAUAUACUGUUGUUCAUCAUGCAUUGGCACAUUCAAUUGACUGUAUUCAAGUUGAAAUUGGGUUUCAUUAUCGACUUCGUCCACAAGUCAUUGUAGAUUUAACCAGACGAUUACGUGACUCUAUUUUAACAUUUAACAAAACUUAUUUAAUUCCUCCAUCUUGA